GUAAAAUUGGAACUGGACACUUUACUGGUUCUUUCCUCGCGACGGCGUCCUCUAAGCAGUCGGGCGCGGCCAUCGCCAUUCCUGUUGCAAUCGCCAUCCCUGCUGUUAGCGACGCCAAAGCCAGGUGUCAGCCAUGUCGCUGAUCGCGAACGAAGAUUUUCAGCACAUUCUUCGUGUGCUGAAUACUAACGUCGAUGGCAGGCAGAAGAUCAUGUACGCCUUGACGUCGAUCAAGGGUGUGGGGCGGCGGUUUGCCAAUCUUGUGUGCAAGAAGGCCGACGURGACAUGAGUAAGAGAGCGGGCGAAYUGACUGCUGCGGAGCUGGAGAAUCUUAUGGUGAUCGUGGCCAACCCAAGGCAGUUCAAGAUCCCGGACUGGUUUCUGAAUCGCAAGAAGGAUUACAAGGACGGGAGGUACUCGCAGGUAGUGGCCAAUGCUUUGGACAUGAAGCUGCGUGAUGACUUGGAACGACUCAAGAAGAUCAGGAACCAUCGCGGUCUUCGUCACUACUGGGGUCUCCGYGUUCGCGGACAGCAUACGAAGACGACCGGUCGCCGCGGAAGGACUGUCGGUGUGUCCAAGAAGCGUUAAAGCGAUUGCCGAGGCAGAGGUCCAUGGGUCGUUCUCCUGCUUGCCCAGCGGAACUAUGGUGGUGGAGAUGAUCGCAAUGAGUGAAUGGAUGGAAGACGUACGAUCAGUGGAUACAGGGAAGAUGUACGAUCAGUUUAUGGGUUGAGGAAGCGUUCAUGGAGAGGCUGUUGAUGAGAGUUGGAGCAUGAAGAGGCUGUUAAUGAGAGUUGGAGCUGUGAUGGCGAGGACCGUACUGAGAUUUUGCUGUUGUGAUACUGUAUUAGGGUCUUAACCAGAUUUUAUCGACGUCUAAUCAUUGUAUGGUGGCGAAACCCUAGUCGGUGUUGGAAACCCUAAUCAUUUGGUGAAACCCUAAUCAGUGGUGAAUGUUGUGGUCUGGGUUGUGCGUAAUCUUGUGAUAUCUUCGCUGAGUGGCAAUUUUUGAACGGUAUGUUUUUUAUUUUUGUGAAAUUGCUUCGGACAAUCUGGUAAAUUCUUCCCCGAAGAAGAUGGUUGUGUACCACGGCCUAUUCUUUAGGGUUAC